AAUGGAGCACUACUCACCAAAAGGUGCUAUGACCCCGUUGUCCUAAAUACUGGCGGCUCCAGAGCUGCAGAAGCCGUGCCCACCAAAAGGACCAAACAAGAGACCCUCUUGUCCAACAGAAGGGUCCCGUCUACCAAGAGGUCCAUGAAGGCGUCUCGGAGAACCAAACGCAAGAGCCGAAGAAAAAUGGACAGCCUUAAAAAAAAAAAGAGGGUCAAAUCUACAAAAAACCCCAAACCCGACGCCCUGCUAAAGACUGGCACCAAGACCCUGCCUGUGAAAGUAGGACCUGCACGGGGCACCAAGAGGAAGGCUGACACCAAGCUCGGGACCCUCACAAAAAAGCAGAGGGUGUCCCUAAAUGUGGUGCCGGCUAAACUGAAAAGCAGACCCCAGAUGAGGAAACCCAAAGUCAAGCCGGAGACCCUCAGACGCGGACGAAAGGGUAAAUCCAAACUACAGUCGCUGACGCGGAGACGAGGCGGCAAAGACAAACCCAAGAGGAGACAUAGAGGAAAAACCAAUGAGUGGUCCAGGAGGACCAGACCCAGACGGAGGGUUGAUAAGAGACCGGAGACUUUGACGAGGAGGCAGUGGGUCAAAGCCACACAGAUGUCCAUGGUCCAACAGGCCCAGAGGCGCCUCCUGGCCACCACCAGUCAAGCCUCGUUUGAGCAGAAGUAUCAGCAGCUGGAGAAGAUCGGCGAAGGAGGCUUCGGCUCCGUCUAUGCAGGAUACCGGAAAAAUGAUUCUUUUGCCGUGGCCAUCAAACACAUCCCCAAAGAUGAAGUCAAGGUAAUCCCACUGAACAUCAAUGGCAGGAAGCAGGACGUCCCACUGGAGGCGCUGCUCAUGCUUCAGGCCUCGUCCAUAAAGAACGCGGACGGCAAGUCGGCCGUGGUGUCCCUGCUGGACAAGUACGAUCUGGGGCAGGAGCUGGUGUUGGUGAUGGAGAAGCCGGUGCGCUCCGUGGACAUGUUCACCUACAUCACCAGGUGUCGCCUGGGACACCUCAAGGAACACGAGGCCAAGAACAUCAUGAAGCAGCUGGUGGAUGCCGCCAUCAAAAUGCACGCCGUCAACGUUUUCCACCGCGACCUCAAGCCGGGGAACAUUCUCCUGGAGGCCACCUACGGCGUCCCUCGAGUGCGGGUCAUCGACUUUGGCUGCAGUUGUUUUGUGACGGAGGAACCUUACUACGACUACACGGGGACUCUCUCUUACGCGCCCCCGGAGUUUGUCCUGAGGGGGGCGUACAGGGCCGGACCCACCACCGUGUGGCACCUGGGCGCCAUGCUCUUUGAGCUCCUGGCUGGCACCAAACAGUUUGACACACUCCUCUUCAUCUCACAGAUGCUCGGACUCAACCGGGUUCUGUCCCAAGAUUGCAGAGACUUCUUGCAGCUGUGCCUCAAUUCCGAUCCGGAUCAGCGUGCCACCCUGGUGCAGAUACACCAGCACCCGUGGCUCCUCUAAAUAGUCCUGAACUGUCAACAUAUUGGAACCGCAUUUUGGAAGAUGAAUUUGUACAAAAAAAAAACAAAUUCUCAAUGUGCAAUCUUAUGAAAACAGUAGGUGUAAAAGUGACAGCGCGCCCUACUGGCCUGGCAUGCAAGCUACAGUGUUUUCACUCCUUUUUGUAGCUCUUAUUUUGUUGUUUUUAUCAGUUUGGAUUUGACAAAAAGGAUAUCAACUGACUAGUGGCAUGUUUACCGAGGAAAAACUCAACUCUUGGCACAGUCCAGUUACUUUUCAUUAAGCAGGAAAUGGCUGGCUAAUGCAACCUUUUUUUCAGUGAUGUACCCCCUGUCAACAUCUUUUUAAUUCAAGUACCCCCUAAUCACAGCAAAGCAGUUUUGCUUGAAAAAAAGAGAUAAAGAAGUAAAAUACAGCAC